UGAGACCUGAUCAUGUGGAUUUUAAUGUGACAGGAAGUUGCCAUGAUGCUGUGAAGUGGUGACCUCGCUGUUCUCUCUGUGAGGAGGGGAGGAGAUGGCAGCUGAACUUUUCUCCACCAGCCUCCCCCACAGUAACGAGGUGGAGGUGGUGGAGGCCAAGAAGAGUUUCAUCGUGCUGAGCGACCCGGAGUCGACUUCCCAAAACAUCUGUGAGCGAGACGCUGAUCAGACUAAUGGCAGCAUCAAUGGUGGCGAGGAGAGAAACAGCUGGCAGGCAGCACACCCCACCCUCAGAGAGAGGAACGCUCUGAUGUUUAACAACGAGCAGAUGGCCGACGUUCACUUCAUCGUUGGUCCUCCAGGAGAAACUCAGACGGUUCCUGCUCAUAAGUACGUCCUGGCAGUGGGCAGUUCGGUGUUUGGAGCCAUGUUUUAUGGAGAUCUGGCCGAGGGACAAUCUGAGAUCCACAUCCCUGACGUGGAGCCGACGGCUUUCCUCAUCCUGUUAAAGUACAUGUACAGCGAUGGGAUUGAGCUGGAGGCCGAUACUGUGCUCGCUACCCUCUAUGCUGCAAAGAAGUACAUUGUUCCUGCUCUGGCGAAGGCGUGCGUGACCUUCCUGGAGACGAGUCUGGAGGCAAAGAACGCCUGCAUCCUGCUGUCUCAGAGCUGUCUGUUUGAGGAGCCGGAGCUGAGGCAGCGUUGCUGGGAAGUGAUCGAUGCUCAAGCUGAGCUUGCUCUGUGUUCUGAAGGUUUCUGUGAGAUCGACAUGCCUACGCUGGAGGUUAUCCUGCAGAGAGACACGCUCAAUGUCCGUGAGGUGGUGGUCUUCCAGGCAGUGCUGAACUGGUCAGUGGCUGAGUGUCAGCGGCAGAGCCUGGCGGUGAACCCGAGGAACCAGCGGGUGGUGCUAGGUAAGGCUCUGUACCUGGUCCGGUUCGCCUCCAUGACGCUGCAGGAGUUUGCAGAUGUUGCAGCGCAGUCGGACAUUUUAACACUGAAAGAGACCCGCGACAUCUUCCUGUGGUUCACAGCCUCCAACAAACCUAGACUGGAGUUCCCUCUGGUGAAGCGGGCCGGCCUGACGCCACAGAGGUGCCAUCGUUUUCAGUCCUCAGCCUACCGCAGUAACCAGUGGCGCUACAGGGGGCGCUGUGACAGCAUCCAGUUUGCGGUGGACAAGAGAAUCUUCAUUGCUGGACUGGGCCUGUAUGGGUCGAGCAGCGGGAAGGCAGAGUACAGCGUGAAGAUUGAACUGAAGAGGCAGGGAACCAUUUUGGCCCAGAACCUCACCAAAUUCCUGUCAGACGGUUCGAGCAGUACGUUUCCUGUGUGGUUCGAACAUCCAGUCCAGGUGGAACCGGACACGUUCUACACAGUCAGUGCCGUCCUGGACGGAAAUGAGCUCAGUUACUUUGGACAGGAGGGGAUGACUGAGGUGCAGUGUGGGACAGUGACUUUCCAGUUCCAGUGUUCAUCAGAUAGUACCAAUGGGACUGGAGUGCAGGGGGGUCAGAUCCCUGAGAUGGUCUUUUUCUGCUGAAACAUCC